AUGGUUGCCAAAACUGAAAUAUCUGAAGUCACAUAUUCUAAAUUCUUGUAUUCUAGGUUUGCAUUUAAGAAUUUUGAUGAGAUAGCAAGGCUUGACAGAGCUGCUGAAGAAACAUUUUUUGGUAUUAUUUUUGUAGAUGUAAUUGGAGUGAUUGUUGCACCUGGGAGAGUUCUAUGUCAGCCUAAAUGUAGACUUAUUGAGAUUGAAAUUGCAAAUGAGAAUCACAACAGGAUCUUUUGCACAAUUUGGGAUGCAAACGUUGAUUCUUAUCUUCAGCAGUUGGAGAAAAGUAAAGGAACAUUGCCUAUAAUAAUUGUUCAAUUUUGCCGGCCAAAUAUGUUUAAAGGUGAGAUGCGUGUGUCUACGCAUUUUAAUUCCUCCCAAGUUUUUAUCAAUGCUGAUAUAAGUGAGGUUAAGCAGUUUAGAAGCAGGUGA